AUGAAUUUAUUGAACAUCGCCAAACAUCUUCUUCAUUUGACUCAAACUGAAUAUGGAUCUGAAAAUUCUGCAACAACUACCGAUGAAAUUUUUGUUGCAGAACGAUUGUUUCAAGUUCUAAAGUCAUUUACAGAUAGCUACUUUAGUGAGCUAUAUACUUAUGAUACUCUCGAAUUUGAAGAUGAAUAUGAUGAAAUGGCUGAUGCAGAAGAGAGCAAUGAUGAUAUGACCAAUGAAGAAGACACUGACGAUGAAAUGGAUGAUUAUGAUGAGACUGAUCAUUCUGAUUUAAAAAAUCGGUUUACAUUAGAAGAAAUGGAAAAUAUAAUCGAAUGGGUUGACGAACAUCCGAAUGCCAGAUUUGUAACAAUUUCUAAUCGAUUUAGAAAGAUCAAAUCCAUGAAUUAUAUUACAAAAUUUAGAGAAUAUAUCGAAAACGACGGCACGAGAUUAGAAAAAUUAAAACAAAUUAAAGCAUUUAUGUUUGACGAAUUUUAUCUGAAAAGAACCAUUAAAAAGGAAGCCCUUCAUGAUACUGAUCUUGAACUCUAUGCAAUUCAAAAAGCAAGAGAAUUAAAUUGGGAUACAUUCAAGAGUGCAACAAAAUUUAAUUAUACCACCAAAAAUGUUGUAGUCAGAGCUUCAAAAUCAGGAAAAAGCAGUGAUGAAAAACAUCAUGCUUUUUUAAAUGAAGUUCUACGCCCAUUGGUUGGUAAAAAAUUUCUUCUCUUCCUUGAUGCUUGGACAAUUCAAACUGAUCUAACAAAAUUUAGAGCAGUAUUUCCUAAUCAAGACAGUCAAUUAUUGAUUUUUCCUGAAGGAUCAACCGGUUAUAUUCAACCACAAGAUCUUUCUUUAUUCCGUUCAUGGCGAUUUAUUCAUGAAAAAAUCGAACAUUAUACUCAUAUUAAUCGAACUGAAAUAACUUUAAGUGAUCGUCAAUAUUUCAUCAACAUGCAUUCUGUUAUUCACAAUCAAUUAUCUGCUCCACAAUUUAAAAAUCUCAUUAAGAACGGAUUUAUACAAGCUCGAAUAACAAAUGAAACAAAUGGACAUAUUGAAAAACCAAAAGAUGUUUUCUUCAAAUUUUACGAUCUAUACUGUUCAGUUAAUAAUUCCAAUGAACGAACACUAUUAAUGUGCGCUUGCUGA